AUGGUUGACAAAAGGUUAAACGAUCAUGGUAAAAAUUGGAGGCAUGUUUUCAAAGCACUUGUUCUAUUAGAUUACUGUCUUCAUGUGGGGUCCCAAGACGUUGUUUCAUACGCAAAAGAAAAUUUAUAUGUGGUAAAAACUUUAAGAGAAUUCCAAUACAUUGACGAUGAUCUGAAAGAUCAGGGCCAGAAUGUUCGACAAAGGGCCAAGGAGAUCACUGAACUCCUUCAGGAUGAUGAACGUUUACAGCAUGAAAGAAAACAACGUACUGAAUUGAGACGAAGAUUGACAGGCAAUGAUGAUCCCUUGACAGAUAGAAGUUAUAACGAUAGCGCAUCUUCAUAUGAACGUCCUAGUUAUUUUGAUGAAGAGGCUGAUUUAAGAAAGGCAAUUGAAGAAAGCAAAAGGUCUGCACAAGAUUAUGAAAGAAGAUUAAAAGAAAGUGAGGAUGAUGAAGAAUUGGCAAAAGCAUUAAGGUUAAGUAAGGAGGAAGAAGAACGAAGGCAAGAGGAAUUGAAGAAAAAACUUGAAAUAAGUCUUCUUGAUCUUGGACCAAGUGGCAAUAAUCCAUUUUCACAACAAACAGAUCUCUUUGGAAACAAUUCUCAAUUUGGAAGUUCUAGUAAUACAGACAAUAAAACCAUUGAUUUUUUUGAUUCGAUCGAUAAUCAACAAACUGCAAUUCCAUAUAUGAGUCAGUCACAAUUUAUUGGCAAUCAAAACCUAAUACAACAGCAGCAACAAUCAUUGCUUACUGAUCCUUAUAAUCAACAGCAUUUAUCACAGUUUGGACUUCAAUCAAGCAAUUCUUCAAUUGUAUGGGAUCAUUUAGUAAUGUUGGAGUUACCUGUCAAACCACAAGAUGAAAAGUAUGCAAGUUUGGCAAAUGCUCUUGGAAACAGACAAGAUGGAAUGGACACAUUUGGUAAUAUUGGAAAUCUUCGAGUUCCGGUCGGAACAGGAUUUGCAAAUUCUUCGGAUCCUCUAAUACCCAGAAAAUCCAAUUCAACUGGCAAUAUUGCAAAUCAAUCAAAUCCAUUUUACCCAGCUGAAAGCUCUAGCAGUCUUUCAUUAAGUCCAUAUUCGAAUUCUCAACAAUCAUCCACUCUUACUAAUAAUAAUACACUUAUUGAUUUUAGUGAUAGUGGAAGUAUCAGUAGUAAUCAAUUUAGUAAAAAUCCAUUUCAAAUUCAACAACCUGCUAAUAACAAUAAUUCCUUAAACAAACCAAAAACUCUCAAUGAAAUACAAUUUUCACAAAAUAAUAAAAUCUAUUAA